AAUAAAGAUAAUAAAUAGUAUUAAGCAAUUAAUGAGGGUGUGAAGAGGCAAAAAGAGAGCCUCUUCUUGUUAUUCUCCUAAUUCUCAUCUCCUCACCCCCUUAAAUUCAUUUUACUACUAUUCUUUAUUUCUCAUUCCCCACCUUUCUACCUUUCUCUUAAUCUAUACCAAACUCUUAUCUUAUUACUAAAAAAAAGUUGAUUAGCUAACUCUGCUAAACCAAACCAUUUCUCUUCAAACAAUCUAAUUUUUACACUUUUCUUUUCCUCCAUCUCCAUUGCAACAAUGGAGGCUAUCUCUCUGAGUUCCUCCUCCAUCUCCGCCAUUGUGAAAGUCAAACAGUCGUUGUCUUUUUCGAAAAAUAAGAUGAGUGUGAUAAGCUGUCAAAGCGGUACUAACAACAAUCAUCAUGCAAUAAAGUCGAGUGGGAUAUCAUCUGUUUUGACAGAAUCAUCACCGUCACCGUUGGUUAGCUCGCCUGCUUUGAUGGGGCCCGCAAGUCUAGUUUUAAGCCCGGGACAAGUGGAGAUGCACGACGAGGGUAGUAUUGGCAUUGUCAAGUUUCUCAAAGGGAAGACCUUUCUCAUUACUGGUGGAACUGGAUUUUUAGGCAAAGUUCUGAUUGAGAAAAUGCUGAGGACAGCACCUGAUGUUCAAAAGAUGUAUGUGUUGAUCAAGGCAAAGAACAGUGAAGCUGCACUGGAGAGAUUGAAGAAUGAAGUGAUAAAUGCAGAGCUAUUCAAGAAUCUAAAGGAAAAGCAUGGGAAAAGUUACCAAGGUUUCAUGUUGAGUAAGCUGAUUCCUGUGGUUGGUAAUGUUUGUGAAACUAAUCUUGGUCUUGACAAACACACUUUUGAUUUUAUGACCAAUGAGCUUGACGUCAUCAUCAAUUCUGCUGCUAACACCACUUUUGAUGAAAGGUAUGAUACAGCUCUGGAUAUAAACACUGGUGGACCCACUAGGCUCAUUGGUUUUGCCAAACAGUGCCUUAAACUUAAGCUCUUCCUACAAGUAUCAACAGCUUAUGUAAAUGGACAAAGGCAAGGCAGAAUCAUGGAGAAGCCUUUCUGCGCCGGAGAAAGUAUAUCAGCAGAGGCGGUUCUCCACAAUGGAUCACUUCCCAAUUUGAUUGUUGAGGAUGAGAUCAAGUUACUUGUUGAAUCCAAACAAUCCCUCCAAGACAGUUCACUUCUUCACAAAAUGAAAGAAUUAGGCAUGCAGAGGGCAAAGAAAUAUGGGUGGCAAGAUACAUAUGUAUUCACAAAGGCAAUGGGAGAAAUGAUGAUAGAUAAUUUAAGGGGUGAGGUACCUGUUGUUGUAAUAAGACCAAGUGUUAUUGAGAGCACCUACAAAGAACCCUUCCCUGGUUGGAUGGAAGGAAACAGAAUGAUGGAUCCAAUCAUUCUCCAAUACGGUAAAGGACAGCUCACUGGAUUCCUCGUCGACCCCAAUGGAGUUCUUGAUGUAGUUCCGGCAGAUAUGGUUGUGAAUGCGACUCUGGCAGCCAUGGCGAAGCAUGGUGAAGCUGGAAAACCAGAAUACAACAUAUAUCAAGUUGCUUCAUCUGUUGUGAACCCCUUAGUUUUUAGGGACUUGGCUGAUUUAUUGUACCAGCACUUCAAUUCAUCGCCUUUCAUGGAUUCAACUGGGAAUCCAGUUCGUGUUCCGAAAAUGAAGCUAUUCCACUCCAUGGAAGAUUUCUCCUCUCACCUAUGGAGGCAUGCUAUCAAUCGAACUGGAUUAGGCGCUUUGGCCAACCUUGACGGCAAGUUGUCCCAAAAACUCGAAACCAUCUGUAGAAAAUCGGUCGAGCAAGCUAAGUACUUGGCUAACAUCUACGAGUCCUACACUUUCUACGGUGGAAGGUUCGAUAACAGCAACACGAAAAGAUUGAUGGGGUGUAUGUCAAAGGAAGAGAGACAAGAGUUUGGAUUUGAUGUGGAGAAGAUAGAUUGGGAGGAUUAUAUAAGUAAUGUUCACAUUCCGGGCUUGAGGAGGCACGUCAUGAAGGGAAGAGGUCUCAACAGUUGAAUAUCCAUUUUCUUUCUGUAAAACACUAUCUACUGUUUUAUCUACGUACUUUCUCCGUUUAUGGUUUGAUCGUGAUAAUAUAUAUAUAUAUAUAUAUACCCGUGGCCGUAUGUACGUAAAUGAUGUUUCGGUUUCUUUGCUUCUGCAAGAAACCACAUUUGGAGUAACUAGUAUAUUAUAUGCAAUUAAGAACAUGUUGUUGGUGUUGUUGUUAUAAACUAAACCAAGAAUAUGUUUCUGAAA